AUGACCACCCCCGUCCCCCUCCCCUUCUCCGAACCCGCCUACCUCACCGGCGCCCCAAACCCCUACUACACCCCCUCACACCUCAAAUGGCAGAAAGCCUGCCGCGACUUCAUCACGGCCAACCUAACCGCGCACGCGCUCGAGUGGGAGCGCGCCGAAGAGGUGCCGCCCUCGGUCUUCGACACCUUCUCGGCGGCACACAUGCUGAUCCCGACGCUGCCGGGCCCGCUGCCCAUCGCCUGGCUCAAGCGGCUCGGCAUCCACACGCUGCUGGGCGGCCUGCCCGUCGAGGAGUUCGACUACAUGCAUUUCCUGAUCCAUGCAGACGAGAUGGCGCGCAGCGGGCUGGCGGGGCCGGGCGCGUCGCUGACGACGGGGAUGGCGUAUGGCGUGCCGCCGAUCGUUAAGUAUGGUAGUAGGGAGCUGCAGGAGCGUGUGCUGCCGGACUUGCUGACGGGGAGGGCGAGGGCGUGCAUUGCGAUUACGGAGCCGGGGGCGGGCAGCGAUGUGGCGGGGAUUGAGGCGACGGCGGUGAAGAGUGAGGAUGGGAGGGAGUAUAUUGUGAACGGGCAGAAGAAAUGGAUCACGAACGGGAUCUGGGCAACAUAUGCCACGACCGCCGUGCGCACGGGGGGCCCCGGGCCCGGCGGCCUCUCGCUGCUGCUGAUCCCGCUGCAGUCGCCCGGCGUGACGGCGCGCAAGCUGACGGUGACGGGGAUGGCCACGUCGGGGACCACGUUCAUCACGCUCGAGGACGUGCGCGUGCCCUGCGAGAACAUCAUCGGCGCCGAGGGCCAGGGCAUGAAGAUGAUCAUGACCAACUUCAACCACGAGCGGCUGUCCAUCGCCAUCGCGGCCACGCGGCAGGCCCGCGUCGCCGUCAGCGCGGCGCUCGAGUAUGUGCUCGCGCGCGAGGCGUUCGGGAAGGCGCUGAUCGAGCAGGCGGUGGUGAGGCACCGGCUGGCGAAGGUGGGGGCGAGGGUCGAGAGCCAGUGGGCGUGGGUCGAGAGCGUGGCGUGGAGGAUGCGGCAGGGGGAGGAGGAUAUGGGUGGGGUGUUGGCGCUGGUUAAGGCGAGUGCGGGGAUGGUGCUGGCGGAGGCGGCGGGCACGGCGGUGGUGCUGCUGGGCGGGAAUGGGCUCACGAGGAGCGGGAGAGGUGAGCUGGUGGAGAGGAUCUAUAGGGAUGUGCCGGGGACGGUGGUGCCGGGUGGGAGCGAGGACGUGAUGUUGGAUCUGGGGGUGAGGGAGUUGGUGAAGAAUUAUAGGAAGGCGAUUAGAAAGUUGGAGGCCGGGUCGAAGUUGUAA